GUCUGUGUAAUUUGCAUAUUGUUGGGUGAGAGUUCGCAUCUGACGAACGAACGAUGUUUGGGGAUUGAUAUACAGAAAAGUUUAAGAAGGCCAUGAGUAAUGAAUAGUUUCAAUUUUGGACCAGAAUGGUCAGGAAAAGACAGUCAGUCCAAACAAACCAAUUCAUCAAAUCUUGCAUCAUCACAGAAAUCAGACUCUGUCAAAUCAAAACUUCGUCAGUUGGCCGAGUUCCGAAGUAGAAGCAAGGAAUUUGGUAGCAAUGACUCUCUUCAUUUGACUCCAUCAAAUCGCUCAUUAUCAGAUCCAUGGCUUAUGAAAGGUGACUUUAAGGAAAUGGAUAGUGGAUUAGACCUCACUAAAGGUGUCAGUGGAAGUACCAGCAAUUUGACAAAGGAAAAGAACAAAUAUAGAACAUUACCUGUGAUGUCUAAUGGACUAUCCUCAGCUGGUUUACCUGUGAUGUCUAAUGGACUAUCCUCAGCUGGAUUACCUGUGAUGUCUAAUGGACUAUCCUCUGCUGGAUUACCUGUGAUGUCUAAUGGACUAGCCUCAGUUGGGUUGCCUGUGAUGCCUAAUGGACUAUCGUCAGCUGGAUCAGAAUCUCACAUAAAUACAUUAUGGCAGCAGCAGUUAGAAUUAAUGCACAAAUCAGUCAACGCCUAUCAGAAAAUGGCCAGUUAUGGCAGCAAUAGUGCAUUAUUCCAGAAUCCAUAUCUUCCAUACUCAGGGUACGGUUUCUAUGAUUACCCAGAUACAGGUAAAAAAAGUAGCAAAAAACAUGUUGAAAAGGCUCCUGAAAAAAAUUCGUUACAGUCAUCUCAACACUCAUCAGGCCAAAAAUCAGCCAAUAACACUCAACAGAAUCUGAACAAUUAUGCACAAAAUACUGAAGAAAAUUCACUGAAUCAGCUUUCAAAAUAUGAGACACAACAGCUCCAUCAUGAAACCACUGUCCAUUGGAAACCAUCUAUAGAUAACAUCAACUCUGCUCAAAAUCACCAUAGUCAUCCUUCACAUAGAAACCAGGAACUCAUGUUAUCACCGAAUCAAGACAUGGGUAAAGGGCAGCAACUAAGAAAACAGGAACCCAUGUUAUCACCUAAUCAAGUCUUUGGUAAAGGGCAGCAACAAAGAAAACAGGAACCCAUGUUAUCUCCUUAUCAAGACUUUGGUAAAGGGCAGCAACAAAGAAAACAGGAACCCGUGUUAUGUCCUUAUCAAGACUUUGGUAAAGGGCAGCAACUCAUAAGACAAGAACCCAUGUUAUCACCUAAAUCACCUUAUCAAGACUUUGGUAAAGGACAGCAACAAAGAAAACAGGAACCCAUGUUAUCCCAUAAUCAAAACUUUGGUAAAGGGCAGCAACUUCCACUGGAUUUUAGUCAGGCAAAUCUAAAUCAGUCUCCAGUGGAUUUUAGUAAACAUAAACAAAAAGCUUCCAUUUAUUUUCCAAUGGAAUUCAACACAGAUCAGCAUUGUUCAUCACAUAGUAAAACUACAGGUAAUUUAGGAGGAGUCCAGCUAAAUGGUAAUGAAGCCAUUUCUUCUAACUUGAAUUAUCAAACACAUUUAGAAAUAAAUACUACUAACUAUGAGACUGGUCAUAGCAGUGAUAAAUUAUCAACAAACCCACAAUCUCUCUAUCUCAUGGAUUCUCCGCCUUUUCCAAACAAGGAAGUUAAGAAAAAACAAAAACUGAAUUUAGAAUCAGAAUUAAAAUCACCAUCUCAGGAAAACAGAACUCUUCAAAAACAGGGAGAUAUGCAAAAUGGCCAGUAUCCAUACAUGCCGUAUCCAUUUCUUCCGAAUUACUACAGUGAUCCACAUAUGAUGAAGGCCUUAAUGGCUCACCAGAAAAUGUACACAGAGAAUGCAAUAGGCCAACCUGGUCAGAAAUUAAAAAGAAAAUCAUCAUCCAAAGAUGUGGAUGGCAAAAAAGUAAAGAGAACCAAAAAAUCUGGUGAAAAAUUAAAUAAAAAAGGAGAACAAAUUAUAAAUAUGGAUAAAAAAGUUUGUGAUAGUCAAACUAAGAGUAAAAGCAAGAUUUUAUCAAUGGAUAUUAAAAAGUCAUUGCAGGCUAAUUCUGUGGCGCUUAAUCAGAUUCAAAGCCGUGUUCAAGAAAUUUUAAAUUCGGCUGCAAAAGAAAUGAAGCAAGGUAUAAAGUCAGGAAUAGACCCAUCAACUACGGAUGUCGAAAUGGAUGCUGAUUUUUUAGAUGCUCAUGAACAGUUAUUAAAUCCAGGAACAGAUAACUCUAAUUCUACUAUAAAUAAUGAUAAUUUCAAUUUUACUUCAAAUCCUUGUUGCAAUAAUUGUGAGAAACUUGGACAGCGUUAUUCUCCGCUGUGUGAAGAAAAAUCCAAGAGAAGUUCUGUUAGUGAUUUACCAGAACUGAUAAGUGAUAACAAAAAUAUUUCUUUGGAUUUUAGUGUCAAAGCUCCAGUGGCCAGUAAAGUAACAGAUAAUUCCAUGUCAGACAAGUCAUCUGACAGUGGAAUCAGACAUAAAGUAAUAAAUGCCAGUAGCUUAUAUGAUUUUGAGGACGAUUAUUCAGACAUGAAAACUGACGUGAUUUCUUCCAGUGCAAUUAUUGAAAAAAAAGCAAUCCCCAGUACUUACACUUUUCAACCCAUGUCUCAAAGCUCAGCAGUACUUCCAACAUUUAGUUCUUUGUUCAAAAGUUCAAGUUUUCAAAAUUCACAAAAUAAAGAAAAAGAAAGAAAAUUAACAACACAAGUGACGUGCAAGUCAGAUAGUAGUAAUGCAUUGUCAAAAAAACCAAGUGAUAUGGUUAGGGUUCUUCAGGCAAGUCCAGACAAAAUCAGUCUUGGAAAUAUGAGCAAUGGACUCGAAAACAUGCCAGCUCCAACUGAGGAAAAAAACACCGGUAGUAAUAAUUUUAUAAAUAAUUUUACAAUGGGAAACUUCAGUAACUUUGUUCCUUAUUCUACUAGUUCCAAUUUGGAAAUUAAACAUGAAAGCUCACCAGUAUCAUCUGCUAGUGUAUAUCCAGUUUCUUCAUCCAAUACAAGUGCUAGUUGUUCAAAUUAUUUGGAUUAUCCAAUUACUCCUGUUAUUAAUAGUGAUUCUAAUACAAAAGUCUCUGAACAAAUUGCGGAGGAAAUUUUCAAAGCGCCCAAUAGUGCAAAAAGCUCAGUUAGUGCUAUUUCUAGACUGGAAAAGAAUCUGUCAAGUUUGGCUCCAGAUAGGAGUUUUGAAAAUGAUGAAAUGGAUGAAAAAUUGGAAGAUUUAUCUUUAUUAUUAGAUUUUGAAAAUUCAGAUGACGAAAAGGAAAAUCUGUUUAAAAAUUCAACUCCAAAAUCAAUUGGAGGAGAUGGUGAUCUCUUACUUGAUAUGAAACCUGGAGAAAGUAUUCCAGAAUCUGGUUUGGACCAGUUGGCCUGGGUAGCAGAUCAAGUACAGAAGAUAAAGACCAAGAUCACUGGCGCCGAUGACGAAGAUGAUGAUGAUUUAACAACACGUCUGCAAAACAACACAAAGAUUGAAAUGCCUCAAUGUGGAUGUAGAGGUCCUGGAUAUACCCCAACAGAAGAAGUAGAAGGGCCAUACUAUACACAUCUAGGGGCUGCAAGAAGUGUACAAGCCGUUAGAGAACUUCUGGAGAAAAGGACUGGAAUGACGGGUAAAGCUAUCCGGAUAGAAAAGAUUCGUUAUACUGGUAAAGAAGGGAAGAGUUCUCAAGGAUGUCCUAUUGCUAAAUGGAUAAUCAGAAGAUCUAGUGAGGAUGAGAAAUACCUGUGUGUGAUCAAACAGAGACCAGGCCACUUCUGUGAUACUGCGUGGAUUAUAGUUGUGUUAGUGGCAUGGGAGGGGAUAGAAAACAACACUGCAGCAGAUAUGUAUGAUUAUCUCAGAAAUACACUUGCUGCACAUGGAUUUGAAACUGAAAGAAGAUGUGGAACAAAUGAAAGGAAAACUUGUGCCUGUCAGGGAAUCAAUUUAGGAAAGAGAGGAGCAUCAUUUUCAUUUGGUUGUUCAUGGAGUAUGUACUUCAAUGGUUGUAAAUUUGCCAGAAGUCAGACUGCAAGAAAGUUCAAGUUAAAAGAUAGUAAUAAGGAAGAAGAAUUAGAGACUAAAUUCCAAGAACUAGCCACUGAUGUAGCUCCACUAUAUAAACAAAUAGCUCCAGAUGCUUAUCAUAAUCAGGUUGCAUUUGAAGAUAAAGCAAGAGACUGUAGACUAGGGUUUCAGGAAGGACGGCCAUUUUCUGGUGUGACAUCAUGUAUUGAUUUCUGUGCACAUGCUCAUAAGGAUCUUCAUAACAUGAAUAAUGGCAGCACAGUGGUAGUGACUUUAACAAAACAUAGAGGACUUGAGAAAGCAGAAGAUGAACAACUCCAUGUUUUACCCCUAUAUGUUAUGGAUAUGUCUGAUGAAUAUGGAAGUGCCGAUGCACAGUAUGAAAAAGUCAAAACUGGUGCGUUAGAAAUUCUAAAUUAUUAUCAAAUGGAGGCUAGGAUAAGAGCAACUCCACUGACACCUUCACGGAAAAAGAAAAAAGAUGGGAAGAAAGGUAGCCCGGGUCGUAAAAAGGGCAGUGUAAAUAAGAACAAUUCUUCCCCUGUCACACCAAAAAGGAAAGUGGUCGAAUCUACUCAGGAUUCCAAUAUCUCAUCAGACUUGUACUAUAACGGUGAAAAACAUGGGUCAAAUUCAGGGACACCGCAAAAGACCACACCACUAAAGACCAAAAAAUCUAGCAAAAGCUUAAGCUCAAAAACCAGUUACGAAGAAUUAAUGAACAAUGCUUCUCAACCAGGAUUUGCUGAUCUCUACGAUUCAUUUUGGAAUUAUUUUUAUUCAUUUGGAUCAUUCCCACCUGCUGAUUUUAUGGCUUCCAUGAACAUGAAGGCACAGAGCCUUAUCAAAAAAUCUAAGGAUUUAAAUCAAACUUCCGAAAAUAGGCAGCCCUCAUUAGACAUGAAUGGAAUUUCUCCUCAGAUUGAAUCAUCAUAUUUGAAUUCACAUAAUCAGGAAAACCAUCAUGAUUUGAAAAAUAUUCAGACAUCUUCCAUUUUAAAAUCUCAAGAAAAGGCAGCAGAUGACACAUUUCAUAAUCCAUCUCAUCCAUUUCAAUUCCCACAAUGCAAUUCAUUUGAAAAUAAAAAAUAUCAGGAUGAACAAAGUGUUAAAAAUCAAAUAAAUGCUCAUGAACUUUCAGGUCAAAUUGCCAAUGGAGAUACUGAGAAAAUGUGUACCAAUUUUACUGGUAUUGUGAAUGAAAUUCAGAAUGCAUCAGGAUAUAAGAACGGUGCUAUUGAACAAAAUACCUCAAAUGUUGAUGGGCAGCAUACUACUCUGCCUGUAGAUCUUUCAAAUAAACAACAGCCAUAUAUCAAUCCGUACUCUGGGAAAGACAAUUCAUUCCAAAAUUCUGACACAAGUAGUAGAAAUUACGAGUUGAAACAAAACGCAGCCUUUGAGUCACCUCUUCAUCUUUUAUCGGAGGCUGUCAGUAUGAGAACAAACGAAUUUAGUAACGAUUUUUCGUCACAAGAUCUACCUCAGAAUACUCAACCUUAUCAUCUCGGUGAUUCAUCAUUGAAUAAGAAUGUUCAAAAUGGCCAAAGAACAGGUCAAAACGACUACAUGAAAAAUUGCAUAUCAGAAUCUGUCCAGAAUCCUUUUAAUCCAAUGCAAACGAAUUCUGUAAAUCUUGAUGCUGAUAUAGACCAAAAUAUUUUAAAAUGUGAAAUUGAGUAUAAUGAAAAUGCGUUUAGGGAUCAAAAUGUUGGGGGCGUUGCAAUAGCAUUAGGUCAUGGUUCUGUUCUCUUUGAGGUUGCUAAACAUGAACUGCAUGCAACCACUGGACUCAAACAACCAAAUCGUCAUUCUCCAACUAGAAUCAGCUUGGUUUUUUAUCAGCACAAAAAUAUGAAUUACAAACAUCAUGGUAUGUUCAUGUAUGAAAAAAAAUGUGAAAGAGUGCGACAAAAAAGACUUCAAGAUUUAAUGAAUGGAACCGGUGAAAAAAUACCAGAUUCUGUACUAGAAAAGGCUAUGAAAGGUCCCGGUAAGAAGAAAAAAUCUAAAAAGGAGGAAAAGUUUGAUAUUAUGAAAACAAGUGCAGCUCAAUACAAAUAUAUGUGGGACACAACAACAGCUAGGUCGGAAACCAUGACAACUGAAUCCGUUGUCACACAUUGGGUAAAACCCCAACCAAUGGUUACUGGUCCGUAUCAACGUUGGAUAUAAAAUAUGAUCUCAUUCUAUUAAAGAUUCAGGGCUAUUUUCAUCCAUAAUUUUUGUUGUAUAAAUGACAAUCGCAGCUGAUGUAUUUUUGCUUGCAUUCACUUUAUAAUAUUAUUGAUAAUUUAUUAACAAGGACCUUUGUCUUCAAGAAUUAUUGGGGGAGGGGGGAUUUACUGGAUACAUUGUUAGUUUUUGGUAUACAGUUUUCUUGAUUAUUUUUUAAGAUAUUACUUUCAUCUUUAAGGGCAAAAAUCUGACAUGAAAUAAGAUAUUUUUGCUACCUGUCUUAAGACCACACAAACAGAAGUUUCUUGGCUUGAAUUUAAAUCCCCAUGUUGGUCAUGUCUUCAUUCACAAUUUCUAUACUUGUUAGGUGUACUUGACGUUUCUAAAUUAUCUACCUAAACAAAUUUUGGGAUUGAGGCUGUGAACACUUAUGGUUGUUUAAAUCACAUGUAUCAGCAGAAAGGAUUACUAUCAAAAUUGUAAACUUAAGAUAUGUUGGAAAUCUUAUGUAUGUUCGUUAAGUUAAGUUGAUUUAUUUAGUAAAAUAUAAAUAUUAUGGGAUUUUUUCAUAGUUAUUUUUGUUAGAGUAUAGGGCUUUUUUUUUUUGUUUUGUUAUAGUUUUUUUGUUAUUUUUAUUUCUUGUUUUGAGAAACAGAAUUGUUAAGGAAAAUUAAUGUUGAAAAUGAAAUGUGCUACAAGGAUUAAUUUUUUAAUUAAAAACAAAUUUGUGUGAUUGAACAAACAUUGCAUGAUAUUUGGUUUAGAUCUAUCCCUUUUAACUUGAUUUUUUUUAAAAACUUUAAACACUUUUAUAAUUGUAAUUCAUAUUCAGUCAAAUUGCCUCAUAGUACAAAACUUUUUUUUAAGUCAUGGUAUAUUAUGUUUAAUUUCAUCAUUUUCAAACAUUGUUUUUUUUCACUUGAUGAUAUUUCUUUUUAAAAUUCAGAAAUAACAAUUAGUACACCUUGAAGAUUUAUCACAUGUGGUUGUUUGAAAAAUACAUCAUUCAUUUUAAGUAUUUUAUUUCAGUAAAUUUAUAAACUUUUCAAUUUUAUAUUCACAUAUUUUUAACCAUUUUAUUAUGUAGCAUUUAGCUCAGGGAUUGUCAUGUAAUUUAAUUAUAUUUUUUUCUUCCUCUUUCUAUAGAUGCUGUUAAUCUGUGAUUUUGUGCUUUAAUUCUUAUUAAUUGUAAAAAGAAUCAAAUUUGUAAAUGAAAUUUGCUGUACAUAAAUUCUAUUGUAAAUUAUAAAUUAUUUAUGAAUGUGUUAAGUAUUUUUUUAGUUAUAAAGUCAUUUUUUUUCUGCUGCACUGAUCUAUCAACACAUAGGGUCAAAUCUUUUUUUUAUAUAUAUGUUUGAUGAAUUGUCUCCCUUUUCAGAGCUUCCUUUCAAAAUUUGAAUUACUGACAACUUUUCUAUAGAAAUACACAAAUAAGGGAUAAGCUUGGAGAUAGUUUUUUAGUUUUUUCUAACUCAAUAUACAUGAUUUAAAACUCUUUCACAAAUAUGUUGAUAUGAUAAAGAUACAUAAAUAAUGAGUUUUCUCUGCUAUAUAUUUUGUUUUGAUAUUAGUGUAAUGUUUCUUUAACUCCUCAAUUCAUUACCAGAAAUAAAAAAAAAAUACAACUUUUGAAUUUUUGAAUUGCUUCCAGUCUUUACACAAAUAUCCCUAAAACAGACUUUGAACAAAUAAAAAAAAAUAUCCACUGGAAACAAACCCCCUAGUGUAUCACUAUAAAAUAAAAAAAGUAACAGCACAAAAAACAUUUGAUUGGAAAAGUUUAUACACAAAAAUAUAAAAUGACUUUUUAAAUUUUGAUACUGUUAUUUACGUGCAGAAUUUCCUGAAAUUGCAAGAAUAAUUUAUGCAUUUUUGUCCAUUGUUAAAUAAUUUAAUUUUGGAUGUAACACGUCUUCUGAUUGACUGAAAGUUUUUUGUUUUUAUCAGCUCAGACAUAAUUUUGUCAUGUGACUGUGACGUCAUCAACAUUUUUUCAUGAUUUACUGCUUAAAAAAUGAAUUGAAUUAUAAGGCUGACUUUAAUAUUUUUUUCUGUCUAUUCGAAAUAAUCUAAAAAAUGUGGUGCACACUUUUGAAUAACCCGCCACGCUGGUUAUUCAGUGUGCACCACAUUUUUUAUACGACCGAAAAAAAAUUUUGGGAUCGUAUAAUGGUAUUAUGUCGUCAUCGUCGUCUGCGUCGUCGUCCGAAGACACAGUGGUUUCCGGACAAUAACUUUAGUUUAAGUGAAUGGAUCUCUAUAAAAUUUUUUAAGAAGGUUCAAUACCACAAAAGGAAGGUUGGGAUUAAUUUGGGGGAUGACGGUCCCAACCGUUUAGGAAUUAGGGGCCCAAAAGGGGCCCAAAACAAGCAUUUUUCUAGUUUCAGGAUAAUAACUUGUGUAUUAGUAUUUCGAUUGCUCUGAAAUUGUAUCACAAUGUUUAAUACCACAAGUAGAAGGUUGGGAUUUAUUUUAGGGGUCAUGGGGCCAACAGUUUAGGAAUUAAGGGCCAAAAAGGGGCCAAAAACAAGCAUUUUCUAGUUUCCAGACAAUAACUUGUGUGUAAGUGUAUGGAUCUCUCUGACAUUGUACUACAAGGUUCCAUAUAACAAAGGGAAGACUGGGAUUGAGUUUGGGGUUAAUUGCCCCAAACGUAGGAAUUAAGGGUUAAAAAAAGGGCCAAAAACAGGCAUUUUUCUAGUUUCCAGACAAUAACUGUUUAAUUGUAUGGAUCUCUCUGAAAUUGUACUACAAUGUUCCAUACUACAAUGGAAAGGCUGGGAUUGAGUUUUGGGGUUAUUGCUCCCAGGGAGGUUUCAAAAAAGUUUGGGGGGGGAUUUUUUUUUCCAAUUUUUUUAAGGGAUUCAUAUUUUUUUUCAAAAGUUUUAAGAAGAAAUCUUCAAUUGCACAGUAUUGUGCAAUAGAUUUGUAAGAUCUUUAACCACAUUUAUUUUGUGUCGGAAACCUAUAUUAUGUUAAAAAAUUGAUCACAAUCCAAAUUCAGACAGUAUCAAGCUUGAAUAUUGUGUCCAAAUUUGCCCAAACUGUUCAGGGUUCAACCUCUGCGGUCUUUCAGGCUGCACUCAGCGAAGCAUUUUAUUAUGUUAUUUCUUCAUAGACAGAAAAAAUAUUACAAUCAUUCCUUAAAUAAUCAUUAUCUUAAAUGCAUGAAAAAUUUCAGAAUUUAUAGUACUCUAAAAAGAAUUAUGAUAAAAACAAUUAGGGAGUAUUUCUAUUAUUUGACAAAAGAGUUGAUCAUGUAAAAUGUUGAUUCAUUUAUUUUCAUGGAUAUUUGAUUUUGGCAAAGGUUUGCAUAUAUUAAAAGCCUAUAGAAAAUUUGUUUAAAAUUCAAUUUAAUUCAUGGUUGACCUAUCUCCACGACAUCCACAAGAAAUUUUUGCUCCACGAAUAAUAAAGAAUCCACAGCAUAUGUUGAUAGUUAGUGCAAUAAAUAUUUUAAAAUGGUUUUAUGCUAGAUUGUUUGUUGUUAGUUAAGAUGUUGUUGCCUAUCAGACGUUUUUAUUCUUUCUUUCUCCUAAAUAUAUUUUGUAUUAUAUAUAAAUUAUGAUUUUUUUUUUCCUCUUGGAAUAUGAUGUUGAAGAAAUAUUUUUAUUUGAAAAUAUAGUGCUGAUUAAAUCAUGGAAAUUAUUUAUGUAUUAAUUUGUAUGUAUAUUUUUGGAGAAAUAAUAAACAGAAUAUUAUUCACACAAAGUAUGAGAGAAUAUUAUAAAGUAAAAUUAAUAACUACAGUUUAUGGGUUAUGAAAGUGCUAAAUUUGGGAUUGGAUAUGAAUUGUUCUAAUCUUUAAUGUUUAUCAUAAUUACCUGAGUAUAUUGUAAAAAGUAUGAUAAUAAAAAAUACCAGUUUAUGGCCAUGUUUAUAAGAGUACAAGUGUCCAAAAUGAUAAAAAAAGUAGAAAUUAAGACAUUAUAGUUCAUUCUCAAAACAUAAUAGAGCACUCUCCAUAUGAUAUAUAUAUUUUUACCCCUUUAAAAAAAAACUUUCUGAAAAAUCUCUGGCUUCAUCUGUGAAUAAAUUCAUAAGAAUUUCUAGUCAGUUUACGCUUCCAGAAACAAUGCAAUUUCCUACCUAAUUAGGGUUAUUUUUAUUUUAAUUCUUAUUUACUGUAUCUGUAUAGAAUGAGCAUGAUUAUUUUUGUUUAUAAAUCUUAAAUAUGAAAAUCUAAAAUUCCUUAUAGAUUUUUUUCAUAUUGGGUUAUACAGGAGUUAUAAGUUUUUACUUUUAACUAAGUGACAUGAUUUUAAUCUAACUCUGUGCAGAUAGAUAUUCCAAACCCCCUUUUUUUAAUCUGUAUGAUUUUGUGUGUACUCAGGUCUUCAUUGAUAAAUAAUAAGUUAAUAUGUCAAAUUGUAAAAGUAUGAAGCAUGUUUUUUUGCAGACACAUAGAAAAAUCAUCUUGUAUAAUACUAUAGUUCUACUCUCUGGACAAUUAAAUUAACAAAAUACUGAGCUACCUCGAGUGGAAAAUAGAGGAUUUAACAUAAUACAUCUGUAGAAUCUAUUGCUGAGUUCACAUGUAAUUAGAAUUCCAUUCGCAUUCGAAAUGUUUUAGGUCUGAACGUAAAUUUCUAUACAAAUUGCAAUGCGCAUCAAAUUGGCUUUACUGUCCGACUGGCGUUAACUUUUAAUUCGCAUUAUUAAUUAAUUGAUUAUAAUUUAUAACAGAACAACUAUUUGGAACCAAUAACAUCUCCAAACUUGCUCUCUUGAUCUGAUUCAAAAUUAUUACAUUUUGAAAAUGUAUGUUUAAAAGUAAAAAUUUAAAAUUUUUAAUUAUGUCCAAUAAUACAGUCAUUUACGAUCAAGUAGAAAAUAAAUAUUUUUGAAGGUAAUAAAAUUUCAUGAUUUAUUGGUCAAUGGAAGAUAAAAUAAAUCUGAAACUUAAACUGGUAACUUUUUUCAAUGUUUUUUUUUCUACCUUUCAAAAUUUACAUCUAAAACAAGUUUAGUUCAAUCCCUUAAGAUAAAAAAUGUCGACGUUAUUGACAACCUAUAUUAAGGUCAAUGUACAGAGAAUUGUAAAAAAUUUCAGUCAUAAUUACAUAUCGUAUAUAUCAUACAUAUGUUGUACUUUUCAUAUAAAUCUACCCAUUUUUUCGGUUACCCAAGAUGCCCUUUUCAGAAAUGAAACUACAUGUACCAUACUUUUUUUACAUCUUUUUUAAUUUUUGAAAUCUUUGUAAUCACAUUUGUGCUCCAUAUAUAGAUAUAAGUAAUAGAGUUAUGGUGUUCACUUGAUUUUUUAAAGUUUUUUUGUUUGUUUUUUUUUUAAGUAGCACAAUUUUUUAACUUACACCUUUAAUAUAUUUUGAUUUUUAUGAAAGUUUUAUUUUAAACAGCAAAUAUUUUAUCGAAAUGAAAGGGGGGUAAGAAUUUAUUUGAAAAACAAUUUACAAUCUUUUAACAUAUGCUUUUAGAUAUAUUUAAAUUUUUUAAAGUCUUGUUCUAACAGCAAAACUUUUAUUGAAAUGAAUGGGGGGGGGGGGUAAGAUUUUUUUUAAUUUCUCGCAACUUGUGCUAGCUAUCCUGUCAUUGUUUCUGUAUGUUUGUGUUGUAUGUUAGUGAAUUUGAAAUAUUUUUAUAACAUGGAAAUUCAUGUUGUUGUAUAAAAAUAUUAUACUUUUUAUACACAUAUAUAUGUAAUGGAUAUUAUUAUAGAGAGUAAAUGUGAUUUCAGAAAGUUUUACCAAGUAAUAUUUAUUUGGUAUGUCUAUUUACAAACAAUUAAAACAUUUUCUGAA